CAAUACUCCAAUAUGUGGGCGGUAGUUUUCGCCAGAAUAUAAACUCUGUGUGCCCCCAAUUACUGACUCCACUCCUCGUUCUCACAAGCUAGCUUGGUCGUCGACAGCCUCCCUCACCCGUUUUCAUUUCGCGUUCGGUUUCGCCGCUUCCUUUGAAAAAUGGCGGGAAAGUACAUCAUUGGUUCCAUUGUGGCAAGCUUUGCAGUUGCAUAUGUUUGUGACACCACUAUCUCUGACAGAAAGAUAUUUGGAGGUAGCACACCUGGAACUGUUUCAAACAAGGGAUGGUGGGAAGAAACUGACAAGAAAUUCCAGGCUUGGCCUCGCACUGCAGGACCUCCUGUUGUGAUGAACCCCAUCAGUCGCCAGAACUUUAUUGUCAAAUCUCAGUCAGACUAACUGCCUGGGGCAUAUAAGUUGAUGAGAUGAGUUUCUUUCACUUGUCAAAAAAGUCAUCCUAAUAAGUUUCUCACUAUCUGCAAUAGUGGCCUGUUACUCUUGUUCUUGCUUGUUUGAAGUAUAUCAAACCGCGGCUACCAUUUUUUAAUGAAAAUUUUCCUAUUGUUUGGUGGCUA